CUUCACAGCUUCAGCCACAGAUCACGACUUUUCGAUAUGCCGCCAGCACGAGGAGGACGAGGCGGAGGUCGAGGCGGAUUCAAUCCUCGCUCAGGGACAGUAACAAUUGCAGGCACGGAGCUGAACUGGGACUUGUCUGGCCUUGAUAUACAGAAGGGACCUGCCGAGCGCUUUCCAGAAGCUCCACCUCCGCAAGCCCCUCCAGCAAGCGCCGACGAAGCCAGCAUCGUGCAGCACCACCUAGCAGUUCGCGAUCGCAUACACGAGGGUCCCUUCUACACCAUUCUGAACGACGGCAUGAAGAAUGGACUGAAAAGAAAGGUCAACGAACACGCGCCGACAGAAGCCUCGCUGUUCAAUCCCUUUACCGACAACCAGACCUUCUCAGCCAAAUAUCUAAAGGUGCGGAGGAGAUUGCCCAAGCUGGAUGCACGACCAUAUGUCACCGACUUAUUUCCCGCGGAGUUGCGAUCCACCUUGGACGGCACCAGAGCCAACGGCAACCCGUCGAAAAAACGAAGAACGCUCGGCGUCACGAAAGUCGAUGCUGUGUCGCAGAUCGAUCGCCUGAUCCAGUCCGAGCAGAACCGUGUCAACGACGCAGAGGACGUUGGCGAAGGCUCAGGCGGCGAAGAUACAGAUGAUGAUGAAAAGGAGCAAGAAGAAGACAAGCCGGAAGUGAAUGACGGCGAAGAUGAUUGGUCGGCCCAGUCGAGUGACUCUGAAGAAUCUGACGACGAUUACAACGCCGAGCAAUACUUCGACAACGGCGACGACGACGACAUUGAUGACGCAGAUCCAUACGAGAAUACGUACGAGUAGCAGUAGACUUUUUGAAUAGGCGUUUGGGUUGGAAUUGUAUCACGCAUCCAUGGCGUUUAGUUGAGUAGAUACCCAAUUUCACAUUUGUUGACUUAUACCUCGAAUUCGGAAGACUGGCUCUCGCGACCUCAACAAGAAUUCAACGCACAUGCAGGGAAACUGAACCGAUAUGCGCAUGUUCAGGUGGAAGUUUAAGUAGCGAGUAGACGCUUCCUGUCAAGGGUAUCACACGUGUGAUAUGUCGAGCACGGAGCUUUAAUAGGGAAA